AUGACCUCCUUGCACGACGACACAGCCGUAAACGCGCCCCUCAUCACUGCCGACCACGGUGAAGGCCAAGGAGACAACCGCCGGGUCUCAACCUCGAUACUCCAGUCUUCUGGCAACGCAUUCGUCUGGGCUCUGACGCUCUCCGCCUGCGUCUCUGGCCUUCUUUUCGGCUUCGACACAGGCGUUAUCAGUGGCACACUGGUGUCGAUCGGAACCGACCUUUCCUCUCGCGAAUUGACAAACCUCGACAAAGGUCUCAUCACUUCUUGCACCAGUCUCUUUGCCUUGAUUGCCAGCCCUGGCGCCGGAGUAUUGGCGGACAAAUGGGGUCGGAAGAAUAUUAUACUAUGUGCGGAUGCACUGUUUACCCUGGGCGCAUUGUGGCAGGCCUUUACAACAUCAGUCUGGGGCAUGAUCUUUGGAAGAAGCAUUGUGGGCCUGGCAAUUGGAGGUGCAAGUCUGAUUGUCCCCUUAUACAUAUCUGAGCUCGCACCGGGCCAUCUACGCGGCAGGCUGGUGACCGUGUCUUUACUGUUCAUCACUGGUGGGCAAGUCAUCGCAUAUGUGAUAGGAUGGCUCUUCUCAGCACGAGUUUCUGGCUGGCGUUGGAUGGUCGGUCUAGGCGCCGUUCCUGCUCUUGCUCAGCUCAUCAUGCUGAUGUUCAUGCCGGAGACGCCUCGAUACCUCGCCAAAGCACAGCGCGAGAUGGAGGCUAAAGCUGUACUUGGGAAAGUGUAUCGUGGCAUGGUGCCAGACACUACUAUUUUGGUCAAUGAGGUGAUGCUCGCCAUCAAGAAGGAAAUUCUCGAGGAGGAGGAAGCUCAUGUCAACAUCAAAAGCACCUCUAGCUCACGAUUCUUUCCACCCACAUUGCAGUCGCUUCUAUUGCACCCACCACAUGCCCGUGCUCUUACAAUUGCAUGCUCCCUGCAAGCCCUGCAACAGGCGUGUGGCUUCAAUGUCUUGAUGUAUUUCUCAGCGACCAUCUUUCAGAUGCUUCGAUUCGACUCUCCGACCCUUACAUCUCUGAGUGUCGCAGGGACCAACUUCAUUUUCACGAUUGCAGCAUUCCACCUGAUCGACCGAAUCGGGCGGCGCAAGAUAUUGUUGAUUACUAUUCCAUUAAUGGUGGUAGCAUUACUUGCGUGCGCUGCAAGCUUUGUGUUUGUCAGGCUCCCAAAUAGUCAUCAUUCUCGGGACGAGCCACCAAAUGACGGCGCCGCCGGAAAUGCUUCCCGCCUUCCAGCAAUUUGUAUCCUUCUUUCUAUCCUUCUCUAUGUCUCCACGUAUGCGACAGGGCUAGGGGUUGUGCCAUGGCAACAAUCCGAAUUGUUUCCUCUCAGCGUACGUUCAGUCGGAUCGAGUUUGGCGACGGCCACGAACUGGGGAUGUAACACAAUCGUGGGCUUGACGUUCUUACCCAUGAUGGAUCUCUUGACUCCGCAGUGGACAUUUGUCUGCUAUGCUGCCAUUUGUGCGGUGGGUUGGUGCGUCAUCUGGCGAAUAUAUCCUGAGACCAUGGGACUUGCACUGGAGGAAGUAGGAGAUCUAUUGCGGCAUGGGUGGGGGAUUAAGGAGAGCACGGAUAGGCUGAAGCGGAGGACAAUGGGUGGUGGAAGUUGA